AUGGAGUCGAUAUCCACACACCCCAGCAACCUGUCGCGGAGGCCCUCUGCUGCUGCUCCAAGGUCGACACGUUUCACUGCAUACCUCGCCACCCUCCUCGCCCUCCUCCUGCUCACCCUCACCACCGUCUCCGCCUCGUCCAAAAACAUCCAGAUGCGCGAGAUGGACUCGGACGCCAUUGUCCCUCUUCGUUCCCACUCCCUCUACGCCCCCUACGUCGACUCGAACCUCCAAAACAAAUUCUGGGACUUCGGAGCGGACGCCAUCGUCGACACCAACAAGCACAUCCGACUCACCCAAGACCGUCCUCAUCAGAUGGGCUGGUUGUGGACGCGCUUGCCUUUGACCGCCGAAAACUUUGAGGUGGUGUUCGAGUUCAAAGUUGCGGGUCAUGCAAGUCACGUUGCUGGCGACGGAAUGGCGAUGUGGUUGACCCAAGAGAGGGCGAAGCCAGGCCCUGUGUUCGGCAGCGUCAACUACUUUACCGGGCUGGGCAUCUUUUUGGAUACAUAUCCCAAUUCGCGGCAUCCAUACAGCUUUCCACGGGUCAGCAUUAUGAAUGGCAACGGCGUGGAGGCGUAUGAGAACGACAAGGAUGGUGCGCGUCAGGAAGUGGCCGGUUGCUCGAUCGAUUACCGAAACGCAAAGGUGGCGACCAAGGGCAAACUCAUCCAUGUCAAGGACGUUUACACGGAGUUGCAGAUCCAUCAUUCCGAAUGGGAUCAUUGGGAAUCCUGUUUCAAGCUGGACAACAUCACUCUUCCGCUCAACCCCUACCUCGGCUUCUCCGCCCUCACAGGCGACGUCAGCGACAACCACGACCUCGUGUCGGUGACAACGAGUAACAUCGUUUAUCGCAAUCGCACACCGGCACAGCUUAGGGAGGAGCGCAUCAAGCACUUCCCCGAGAAAUUCGGCGUCAAGCCCAAGAAGAAAGGCUGGUCGUUCGGCGGCAAUACCAAGGGGCAUUCGAGCGACGUCAGCAGUCCGCACGCCAAGAGCAGCGGCUCAGGAGGGCUGGUAGGAGCCAUCAAGGCGCUUUUCGGCUUUUUGUUCUUUUUGAUCAAAUGGUCGCUCAUCUUGGCAGCGGUGGGCGCGCUCGGCAUGCUAGGCUGGCAAUGGAGGAAGAGGCAGAACAUGAAACGCUUCUGA